UCUGUAUCUGUCAACUGUGAACUGUAAACUAGGCCUACAGACAGGACGAGGGCCCAGCAAGGCCUAGAUCUGUUCUUCUCCAGGUCCCAGGUUCGUUCAUGUCCUAAAGUACUGGAGAUUCAACACAUUUUACUCAUUUAAAAUCGUGUAUCUACUGUCAAUUCGUGUGGCCAGUGUUACAAUAUGUAUCUAAGUUCGCGAAAAUCAGUGAAUUGUGUCAUGUACAAAUGGAUAAUGCAUUUAAAGUCGUAUUGACUGGCCCCGGACAAUGAAUAAGUUUGAGUGUUUGAGACCCUAGGUCUGUUAUAUUUUUCUGGUGUUUGUGAGUUAAAAAGUGCGAAAAUGGCUGAUCUGGAAGCGGUUUUGGCUGAUGUUAGCUAUCUUAUGGCUAUGGAGAAGAGCAAGUGCACCCCAGCUGCACGGGCUAGCAAGAAGAUAAUACUUCCAGAUCCUAGAUUAAAAACUAUGAAAAAUGUGAAUGUCCCGAGGAAAGGCGGAAAAUGGCGAGAGAAAUUUAUGAUAAUUUUAUCAUGAAAGAGCUCCUCGCGCAUGCCCACGAUUACCCCAAAGAUGCUGUUGCCCAUGUACAAAAGUAUUUAAUGAAAAAUGAAGUUCCCGUUAAUUUAUUUGAGCCUUAUAUUCAAGAGAUAUUCAACCAUCUUCGUGGUGAACCGUUCAAGAAAUUUUUAGAAAGUGAUAAAUAUACGAGAUUCUGCCAAUGGAAAAAUUUAGAAUUAAAUAUCCAGUUAACGAUGAACGACUUCAGUGUGCACCGCAUCAUCGGCCGGGGUGGAUUCGGAGAGGUGUACGGAUGUCGGAAGGCCGACACGGGCAAGAUGUACGCCAUGAAGUGUCUCGACAAGAAGCGAAUCAAGAUGAAGCAGGGAGAGACCCUUGCACUCAACGAACGCAUCAUGUUGUCGCUUGUCAGCACUGGGCAAGACUGUCCAUUCAUAGUGUGUAUGACGUACGCGUUUCACACACCCGACAAACUCUGCUUCAUUCUGGACCUGAUGAAUGGAGGCGACCUUCACUAUCACCUCUCCCAACAUGGCGUCUUCAACGAGGAGGAAAUGCGUUUCUACGCGGCAGAAGUCAUUCUAGGACUGGAACAUAUGCACAGAAGGUACAUAGUGUACAGAGAUCUGAAACCAGCGAACAUACUACUCGACGAACAUGGUCAUGUGCGAAUCUCCGACCUCGGUCUAGCCUGUGAUUUCUCUAAGAAAAAGCCACAUGCCAGUGUAGGCACCCACGGCUACAUGGCACCCGAGGUGCUAUCUAAAGGCACCGCCUACGACUCGAGCGCUGAUUGGUUCUCGCUGGGAUGCAUGCUCUACAAAUUGCUGAAAGGCCACAGUCCGUUUCGGCAGCACAAGACUAAGGACAAACACGAGAUCGACCGCAUGACGCUCACUAUGAACGUUGAACUGCCUGACUCAUUCUCGACGGCUCUGAGGACCCUGCUGGAAGGCCUAUUACAGCGCGACAUCUGCAAUAGGCUCGGAUGCAAAGGAACUGGGGCGGACGAAGUGAAAGAGCACCCAUUUUUCGCGGGCAUCGACUGGCAACAGGUGUAUGUGCAGAAGUACCCCCCACCACUCAUCCCUCCGCGUGGCGAGGUCAACGCAGCUGAUGCCUUUGAUAUUGGCUCCUUUGAUGAGGAGGACACAAAAGGAAUCAAGUUGACAGAUGCCGACCAGGACCUGUACAAGAACUUUCCUCUGGUGAUCUCUGAGCGAUGGCAGAACGAGGUGGCCGAGACUGUGUUCGAGACCAUCAACCAGGAGGCUGACAAGAUGGAGCACAAACGCAAGGCCAAACAGAAGCAGCGAUUCGAUACUGACGAAAAAGAAUCGGACUGCAUCCUGCACGGCUACAUCAAGAAACUGGGCGGCCCGUUUGCGUCGGCCUGGCAGACUCGCUACGCCAAGCUCUACCCGAACCGACUCGAGUUGCACCCAGAUUCGGGCAACACCAAACCGGAACUGAUCUUCAUGGACCAGCUGGAGGAGGUCUCCGCCGAUCUGGUCACCGUCAAGAACGAACAGUGCAUCGUGCUCAAGACGGCCGUCGCCAAGAUUGUGCUCACCAAUCCGGAUGAAAUCGGCCUUAAAGAGUGGUCACUCUCGCUGCGGUCUGCACACAAGUGUUCGCUAGAACUUCUCACCAAUAUGGCGAAAAAAGCUGGCAAAAUUUACGGCACAGAACGUGACAAGGUCACGCCCAUAAUCACACCAAGAACCACCAAUGGCAAUUGAGAUGACAACCAACCAACAACUUCCAAAAAUCUGUUGAUUCGAACUAAACUCUCAGCCGAAAUUUGCUGAUUGAAACACAGAGAUAUGUUGAAAUCAUUUGUCAACUGGUUUAUUUCAAAUGGGACACAGAGUUCUGUUGGUUGAAAUAAUCUGUGAACUGGUUUAUUUUUAUUGGAACACAGAAUCCUUUGGUUGAAAUCAUCUGUCAACUGGUUUCAUCGAUUUGAACACAAAAUUCUGUUGAUUGAAAUCAUCUGUGAACUGGUUUAUUUUUAUUGGAACACAGAAUCCCGUUGGUUUAAAUCAUCUGUCAACUGGUUUUAUCGAUUUGAACACAAAAUUCUGUUGAUUGAAAUCAUCUGUGAACUGGUUUCUUUUUAUUGGAACACAGAAUCCCGUUGGUUGAAAUCAUCUGUGAUCUGAUUUCUUUUGAAUGGAUCACAUAAUUAUGUUGGUUGAAAUCAUCUGUGAACUGGUUUCUUUUUAUUGGAACACAGAAUCCCGUUGGUUGAAAUCAUCUGUGAUCUGAUUUCUUUUGAAUGGAUCACAUAAUUAUGUUGGUUGAAAUCAUCCGUCAACUGGUUUCUUUUCAUUGGAACACAGAAUUCCGUUGGUUGCAAUCAUCUGUGAACUGGUUUCUUUUUAUUGGAACACAGAAUUCCGUUGGUUGAAACUAUCUGUGAACUGGUUUAUUUUGAUUGAAAGUCUCAUCUAUUGUGAUCUGUGCAAGAAUAUGAUAUAGAUUAUCAGAAACUCAUCUAUCAACUCAGCAUAAUUUCUGUUGGAAGUCUGUCAAACGACAUCUGAUGAUUGUAAAAAAACUGUCAAUACUUCUUCAAAAUGAACACUAGUUGAUUGCAUCUGUCAACUACAACUGUGAUCUGUGCUGGGAGAGAAUUAAUCUUCAGCAACUCAUCUGUCAACUGGUUGAUACAAAUCUGUCAAUUGAAGUCGGUCAACUGUCAACUGUCGACCUGUCAACUGUUAAUCAAUCAGUAUACUACUGUGAUGAAAGAGAAUACAUCUUUGGAAUCCUGUUUCAAAAACAGGGCUGUAAAUCUUCGAGUGUAAGUACAAUAUAUUAGAAGUCAUCGUCGAAUAUAAUUCGAUUUAUAAUAGUUGUUAGUUGAGGAAUGUAUCUUUAAACAUGUUUCUGGGGUGUUAAUGCAGUGAUACUCAUUAUCAGUUAAUGAUUCUACUUUUUUCUAUACAGAUUUACACUGUGUAUAGAGAAAGGUGUAAUGAUUUUUGUGUAAUGUAUCUUGAAAUAGAGUGAGUGUAGCAGAUACAAUCGAGUGUUAAUGAAAACGAAAGUCAUUUCAGUAAGAUAUGUGAAAGAUGAAACGAAGUUU